CCUCCUAUAUGUAUACUUUUAGCAUCCAUCUCAUGGAAUAAGAUGGGUAAACAUAAAUUUUGGCCUUUCAAGCGGCCCGAAGGCAGACAGACACCAAAAACGCUGCCAAACUUGCUGUCUCCGUCUACCCCUGAUGGCGCCACAUCAUCAAGCUCUAGCGUCUCCGCAAUCGAGUCAGUUGGUCCUGUCCCUGGAACAUCUAACAACCCAGCUCCUGCCAUCAGUAAUACGACCGCUGAAACGGCUACCCCGACGGCUUUGUUAAACGACGCAGCAAGUUCAAAUACAGCAGCUCUCGCCUCGCCAGCAACAGCCGAGAAUGACGCACCACUGGCAGACUCACGUUGGGACCACGCGUACGAUGCGCUGAAGGUCAGCCAUGGUGAGCUAAUAGAAGCAUACGAAGACUUGCUCUCUAAGUCAUUGCAUCAAGUGCAGAUACCCCAUCCUGACCACGCUACUAAUGUGGUUCCCCAGGGUGACGCAGCUGCCCGUCGACGGAAGAUGGAUACUAUAAUUGCACUUGGUCUAGAGCAUGCGGCCGACAAAGAGACGAGCGUAACCAUUGCCGGGCAUAAGGUUACUGUUGAAGAGGCUAUUGCGAAAACAGCCGGUGUUGUUUCGUGGGCUGAGGAUUAUAUCAAGGACGCGGUCAAAGACUUGCCAUACGCAUCUAUAGUCAUGAUCGGCGUAUCGCUGGUUCUGCCGCUACUGAAGAACCCUGUUGUGGCGGAAGAGGCUCGUAGCACUGGGUUCACGUAUGUUACCUCGCAGAUGCGUUACUACGCUGCCAUGGAGUCGCUUCUGCUGCCCGAGGACAUGGAGUCUGUUCGGAGAGCAGACCUGGCAAGUCGACUGACUUAUCUCUAUUCUCUUGUUAUAGAGUUUCAAUUUCGCUGCGUUAUUCACCUAUACCGCAGCAGGACAAAGAAUUUCUUUCGCGGAGCCAUAUACUAUGAUGACUGGAAGGGCACGCUAGCCAGCAUCAAGAGCGCCGAACAAGAUUUAGACACCAAGUUCUUCAAAGCCCAGUCAGCGCAAAGCGUGGAAACCCUCAGGUUGAUGCAACGCGAGGCAGAUGAGUCGCGCAGGCGACUGGAUAGUACUAUGGACGAAAUUGUCCAGCUUAUGCGAGAGCAGCUCGGCGUCGCGGCCAGAAUGGAUCGACGUAUGGAGCNUAUGCGAGAGCAGCUCGGCGUCGCGGCCAGAAUGGAUCGACGUAUGGAGCAGGCAGAAGAUCGGGCUUGCAUAGAGGCAUUAAGCAAAGAAGAUCCUCGAGAUGACAAAUCCAGAAUUUUGUCUCAGAAGGGUGGUCUUUUGGAAGAUUCGUACCGCUGGGUGUUCACUAAUGAAGAUUUUCAGCAGUGGCGCAGGCGCGACAACGGGCUGUUGUGGUUAAGAGGAGAUCCUGGCAAAGGAAAGACAAUGCUUGUUUGCGCUAUCAUUGAUGAGCUAGAAGCAUCUGUAUGGAUGGUUAAUUUGUGUUACUUUUUCUGCCAAGCAACCGAUGAACGCAUCAGUAACAGCACAGCAGUGCUGCGUGGAUUGAUCCAUAUGCUGGUCAAACAACAACCUUCGCUCAUGCCUCAUCUUCGAAAGGCUUAUGAGGAGGCUAAACUAGUGGAAGGUAGAAAUGCCUGGGUAACCUUGUCACAGCUUUUCGAUAAAAUCGUCAAUGAUAAUCAACUGAACGAAACAUACUUGCUCAUCGACGCGCUGGACGAGUGUACAACGGAUUUAACGCUCCUAUUGGAACUCGUUGACAAAUACGUAUCACACCCACGUAUUAAAUGGCUCGUCUCCAGUCGAAACGAAUUGGCGAUAGCCGAGCGCCUUGAUCGGCCUAACAUUGGCAGUCAACUGUCAUUGGAGCUGAACGCUGCCUCCGUAUCUUCAGCAGUGCACUCAUAUAUACAACACAAAGUAGGAGAGCUGAAGGCGCUGAAAGGAUAUACACAAAUCCAACACGACAACGUUUCACUCUACCUAGCCGACAAUGCCAGCGAUACGUUCUUAUGGGUAGCCCUUGUUUGUCAGCACCUUAGUACGCUUCCUCGUGGAAUUGUGUUAGACACAAUAAAGAGAGGAUUAUUCCCGCCUGGACUGAAAGAUCUGUAUAGGCGAAUGCUUCACCAAGUCUAUAGUACCGACUUUGCGGACCUCUGUAUACGGAUUCUAGCGGUAGUCUGUACUAUAUAUCGUCCUAUUACUAUUGACGAAUUGCCAUCAAUAGUGGAGCUUCCCAACGACUUAGCGGAAGAUUCAGACGCAUUACAGGAGAUUUUAAACACGUGCGGCUCUUUCAUUUCUACCAAGAGUGGUGUCAUCGCGACCGUGCAUCAAUCAGCGGUAGACUUCCUGAAAGAACAGGCUAGUGAUGAGAUCUUCCCUGCAGGGCCUAAAGAUGUACACUAUAAGAUAUUUGUACACUCGCUGUAUUCACUUUCGGUUUUUUUUAGACGGGACAUUUACAUCCUAGUUGAUCCUGCCUAUAGAUUCCAGAACAUUCAACGACCAGAUCCAGAUCCACUUGCAGCAGUGGGAUACUCAUCUGUUUACUGGAUUGACCAUCUAGGAGAGAGUUUAUCUCUGUCUGCGGAAAAUGAGGUUGUGGAGAUAAUCAAUCACUUCAUGCAGAAAAAGUAUUUAUACUGGAUCGAGGCAUUGAGCUUGUUGGGUAAAAUUUCACAAGGGGUUCAAUCUAUCGCAAAACUGAAAGAGCUUACCCUAAAAGUAUCCGAUGUAUUGCUUAGAGACACUGUCCAUGAUGCAGAGAGAUUUUUGCGCUACUUUAAAGUAGCUGCUGAGUUGGCCCCGCUGCAAAUAUAUGUAUCGGGGCUUCUAUUCAGUCCUACGAACAGUUUGACAAGAAAACAUUUCCAGCAAGAUAGAUUUAGUCGUCUAUCAUUAGACUCGCCAGCCAGUCCAGAGUGGAGUGCUUGUAUACAAACACUCGAGGGUCACAGCAAUUGGGUUAGAUCGGUGAUAUUCUCGCCAGAUGGCAAGAGUAUUGCUUCUGGCUCGUAUGAUAAGACUGUUCGAAUAUGGGAUGCUGUGACUGGGAGUUGCAAGUAUAUCCUCGAGGGUCACAGCGAUUGGGUUAUGUCAGUGAUAUUCUCGCCAGAUGGCAAGAGUAUUGCUUCUAGCUCGGCUGAUAAGACAGUUCGAAUAUGGGAUGUUGUUACUGGGAGUUGCAAGCAUAUUCUCGAGGGUCACAGCCAUCGGGUUGUAUCAGUGAUAUUCUCGCCAGAUGGCAAGAGUAUUGCUUCUAGCUCGGCUGAUAAAACCGUUCGAAUAUGGGAUGCUGUGACUGGGAGUUGCAAGCAUAUCCUUGAGGGUCACAGCAAUUGGGUUAGAUCGGUGAUAUUCUCGCCAGAUGGCAAAAGUAUUGCUUCUGGCUCGGAUGAUAAGACAGUCCGAAUAUGGGAUGUUGUGACUGGGAGUUGCAAGCAUAUCCUCGAGGAUCACAGCGAUUCGGUUAUAUCGGUGAUAUUCUCGCCAGAUGGCAAGAAUAUUGCUUCUGGCUCGGAUGAUAAGACCGUCCGAAUAUGGGAUGUUGUGACUGGGAGUUGCAAGCACAUCAUUGAUGGUUAUAGUAGAGAGGUUACAUCAGCACUAUUCUCGCCAGAUAGACGCCCUACGCCUCCUCUAGAGCUGAAAAAUAAUAUUGAAUUAGACAUGGGAGGUGAUGACUGGAUAAUGGUUGAUGGAUCUGAUUUUCUUUGGCUACCUGCGGAAUAUCGACCAACCCAAAUCGCAGUCAAGGGUUCGCAUUUGGCGCUGGGUUGCGCUUCUGGCCGAGUUCUGAUAUUUCAUAUUUCAGCGUAAGAAUAGUUUGCAUUUUCUUAUUGAUUUAGGUAAACAAUAUUAAUUCCGGGACCGCGGAAAUUACCCCUCAAGCAUUGCGAUUCCUCCAGUUGCCCUUUUCGUCCCUAUGGCGACGCCCAAGGUGUCGAACGCUCCGUUGUAGAAAUUCGUCGAAUAGAAG